GAAGAUUAUGAAUCUAUGCAUGGAGAAGAGUAUGAACCAAUGUAUGAGGAAGAGCAUGAACCAAUGCAUGAGGAAGAGCAUGAACCAAUGUAUGAGAAAGUGUAUGAACCAGAGUUACAAUUAGAUAAAUCUGAAGUUAGUGAAUCAUCACAAGUACAAAAGUCAAAUAGCAGUAAUUCUACACAUACCAG